AUGAGUAUCCAGCUCUAUAUACCCCCCCCUCUUCAACUACGCCAAAGCCAACAAAUUCGCCAUCUCCGCCGUUGCCAGUCCUCCCCCCCGACCCCCUCAACCGUCGCGGCAGCCCUGGAAGCCGCCAGGGACGCCCACUCCCCAGUAACCCUACAAACCUCCCAAGGCGGUGCCGCCUACUUCGCCAGCAAAGGCGUACCAAACAGCAACCAAACAGCCAGCAUAUCCGGCGCCAUUGCAGCAGUGCGCUACAUCCGGGCGAUCGCGCCCGCCUACCAAAUCCCGGUAAUCCUACACACAGACCACUGCGCAGCGAAGCUCCUCCCCUGGCUGGACGGGAUGGUAUCGGCGGACGAGGCGUACUUCGCCGAGCAGGGGGAGCCGCUUUUCAGCUCGCACAUGAUCGACCUGAGCGAGGAAGACAAGGACUUCAACAUCGCCACCACGAAGGAGUACCUGCCCCGCCCGGCGCCGAUGAAGCAAUGGUUGGAAAUGGAGAUCAGGAUCACCGGAUGUGAGGAGGAUGGCGUCGAUAACACCGGCGUGGAUAAUAGUGCGCUAUAUACGCAGCCCGAGGAUAUCUAGGAGGUGUACUGUACAGCACAUUGAUGCCCGUCUCUCCGUACUUUUCCAUCGCAGCCGGGUUCGGGAAUGUGUAUGGGGUUUACAAGCCCGGCAACGUGAGGCUGCACCCAGAGCUACUCGGGAGGCAUCAGGAAUUCCCAAAGCGGAAGAUUGG